AUGUACGCAUUCAAGCCGCACGUGUUUACUAAACACUCUAUAUACAGUAUUACAAAACCUGAAGGAAAAAUGGAAGCAAUAAUAUGCUGUGAUGGUAAAAAUUUAUAUUUUAACGGCAAGUCUGCAAAUAAUAGCGAAUUUCAUAAUAUCUGGGAGUACAAUUUAGCUGGACAACAAUGGAGAUUAUUGAUAUCAAUAAGGCGUCUAAACAAUUCACUAUAUACUAAUGAUUUAAUUAUUGGUACUAUUUUUGAAUCAAAUUAUUUAGGUAUUUGCACACUACAAAGGCAAAACACAAGACAAAGACCUUUCAAUGACGAACUGUCAAGCCGCACAUCUCAAUUACAUGUUUGUGAUUUGAAUAGUAAAAGUAGUAUUGUUCGAAGAACAAGUGGACAAGCUCCAUAUCAUGCAUAUCGACAUAAUUUCAUUCGCCAUGGAAAAUAUUUGUAUAUUGCCGGAAUCGAAAGAGAUUAUAAUGAAACCUUUUUCGAUGUAUAUAAAUUAAAUAUGGAAAAUGAUGUAUGGGAAGUUGAUUACAUCUGUCGAGGACUUGAUGCUAAUGAACCAGUUGGUGGUGGUUCGCAUCAUACUUUAGUUUACAGUAACAAUAUGAUUUAUAUAUUCGGUGAUUGUGAUCUUGGUCGCAGAAGGGGUCCAUUUUCGUUUCUCAAAAUAUGGGCGUUUGAUUUGGAGAAAAGCUGCUGGAAAAUAAUAGACACUUAUGGUGAUGAAAAUCACACACCGCAAUAUCCAACUGAUAGAAAUGAAGUCUGUGUAACGAGUUAUACUGACCCAGAUUCUGGUGAAGUAAAUGUAAUAAUAUCUGGAGGAUCAUUUCAUAAUCAAGAAUGUGAUGUCUAUGUUAAACUUUCUGAUGUCUAUUUUGAGUUUUCUGAUGUCUGGAGAUUGAAUCUCACAAGUUUAAAAUGGACGUGUCUCGAGAGAUUUGGUACUGUCUUGCCUUAUCACGCUUAUAGUCAUUCAAUGACCAUUUCUCCUGCUGGGAAAUUGGUUUUAUUUGAUAAUCAAAUGUCUGAUAUCGACGUGGAACAAAAAUAUAGAGGUUCUGCUUUACACUCAACUUGGCUCAGGAUUCCAAAACUCACAGACAUUUGUUGGGAAGCUGUUUUCCAUUACUUACCAAACUUGAAAUCAAUGACUGACAAGGAAAUUAUGUCCCUCGGCCUUCCAUUGCAGUUACUCAAGUCGCGUAUUAAUUAAUAAAAUACUUAUUAGUAAUUUGCGGCUGAGGCAGCCGUUCGGCACGCACGUGGCUCGGGCAAUCACCAAAGUUAAGCAGCAUCGAGCAUGAUUACUACUUGGCUGGGUGACCGCUUAGCCACGCGUCGGGUUCGAACGAAGGUCUCUGAUCGUUAGGCACGGGAUGAAGAUCCAGUGAUCGAUAAAAUGGGAAUUUUAUCGACCACUGGAGCUUCACCCAAACCAAACUGUACUAGCUAGGUUUUCUCUGUGGUUUUCCUACGCUACUGCACCUCCAUUGCAUAAGGAAGGUAGUAGGACAUUACCGUAAUAAUGCAGAACAGUCAUUAGCACAAGUCGGGCCACAGCCGCAAAAAUUAAGUGGUAGCGUCAAAAAGUAGCAAGAAAGUUUGAACGCCUACUUUCGGAAAAAUUGAAAGCUUAAGUAAGGAUCGAUCAGUAAGUGAAAGAGACUUAGUUUGUAAAAUAGGCAAAAACAAACAAUAAGCGAGGCGAGAAAAAGUAUGUAACAAAGGAGAAUUUGAAUGUAAAGUCUUGUGAAAUACGAGUAGUGAUACAAGUAAAAAUAAAAUAAAAUAAAUAC